UCAGAUUGGCAAAAAGCUCCUUCAAAUAUAUAUUUAGGCACAAAUAUUUUGUUGCUCUCAAAAAAAUAUAAAUAUCUGAAAUAUUGACUGCGCAAAAUUCUUAAACUCAACUAGUUUAUUUUUAAAAAUUAAUCAAAAGCUAUUGAGUCAACAAAAAAUAUAUCGGAACAAAGUGAUAAACAAAAAUCCAGUCAGAAUGGAGACUGUAAGUGGGAGUAAUAUUAUCGUGAAUGAAAACUAUCGGACUUCGCAAGAUAAGAUCUUUGAUAGUGUACAUCCUGAUGUGAUAAAAAUCAGAAAUUCUACUGAAAGUGAUAUUUCAAAAGAAAAAGGCGAAGUUGACAACAUAAUUCCGAAUCAACCUCCCCGGACAAAUUACUUUGAAACAUUGACACAUUUGUUCAAGGGAAAUGUCGGUCCAGGAUGCUUUGCAAUGGCUGAUGCUGCUAUGAAUGGUGGGCUGAUAUUGGGACCAGUUUUGACUCUUGUUCUUGGCAUCAUUUGUGUUCAUGCUCAGCAUAUUCUACUUAAUUGCUCAUCCAAGAUGAGGAUUCAAUAUCAAAUGUCGUCCAAACCAGACUACGCUGAAACAGUCGAACUUUGUUUUUUAAACAGCAACAACGAGCGAUGGCGUAAAUGGGCUCCAUAUAUGAAGAAACUUUGUAACAUUUUCAUUUGCAUAACUCAACUUGGGAUUUGUUGCAUAUAUUAUUUAUUCAUCACAACUAAUAUGAAACAAGUUCUAGAUCAUUAUGGACUCGUCAUAGAUCUUCCAGUACUUAUGAGCUUUAUUCUGAUCCCAAUGUGGCUAUCAGCUUUAAUUACAAAUCUCAAGUACCUAGCUCCAUGCUCGGGAAUUGCCAAUCUUUGUAUGAUCACUGGCUUGGUGAUAUCUUAUUACUAUUCAGUUCAAAAUUUACCACCAAUCACUGACAGACAUUUUCUUCCACCGAGCAUCAAUCGACUUCCACUCUUUUUCGGAACUGCCAUCUUUGCAUUUGAAGGAAUCGCACUGGUAUUGCCACUUCAAAAUGCUAUGAAGAAACAAAGAAAUUUUUCAAAACCUCUGGGAGUAUUAAAUGUUGGAAUGUCCAUUGUUACUACGAUUUUCAUUACGUUUGGAUUUGUUGGAUAUUGGAAAUACGGAGACGAUACUGAAGCCUCGUUGACUUUAAAUUUACCAACUGACGAAAUAUUGGCACAAUGCGUGAAGGUGGCAAUCGCUAGCGGAGUGAUGCUUGGAUAUGCCAUUCAAUUUUUUGUUGCGAUUCAAGUGAUGUAUCCUUCAAUAAGAAGUACAAUACCAUUUGCAAGUCAUCAUCCUUUCUUCGGUGAACUUCUCUUCAGAUCUUUUAUGGUUUUGAUCACAUUCGCUAUUGCACAACUCGUACCAAACUUAAGUUUAUUGUUGAGUUUAUUUGGUUCAGUUUGCAGUACAGUUCUUGCACUUGUCCUACCACCAAUCAUAGAAAUUAUUCUUAACAGUAACGACGAAAACGGAGUUGGCUGGAUUGUGAUAUUAAAGAAUUCAUCAAUUCUUAUAAUUGCCUUUUUGGGAUUUUUAACAGAACAGAGAAAGCUAAUCAUCGAUGAUGAUAAUUGGAAGUCAAUUCGAAAAAUUGAUGUCACAGCUCACAGUUUAGUUGCAAAACGAAAAUUUGAUCUCGAAGCACAUGAAAGUAAGAAUGAUCAACACAUGACAUCUUACAUGGAGACUUUGACACAUCUUUUCAAAGGAAAUAUGGGUCCAGGAUGUUUUGCAAUGGCUGACGCUGUCAUGAACGGUGGACUGUUAUUGGGACCAAUUUUGAUUCUCUUCUUCGGUGUUGUUUGUGUGCAUGCUCAGCAUAUCCUUCUUAAUUGUUCAGCGAAAAUGAAGCAUAAAUAUCAAUUACUUUGUAAGCCAGAUUAUGCUGAAACAGUUGGUCUUUGUUUUUUGAGUAGCAACAACGAAAAAUAUCGCAAAUACGCAUCAACGAUGAAAACUGUUUGUAACACUUUCAUUUGUAUUACUCAACUUGGAAUAUGUUGCAUAUAUUUUUUGUUUAUUGGCACUAAUUUGAAGCAAGUUUUGGAUUUUUACAACUUCCAAGUCAGUCUCACUAUGAUGAUGACAAUAGUUUUGAUUCCAAUUUGGUUGUCAGCUUUAAUAACAAAUCUCAAGUUUUUAGCGCCGUGUUCGGGAAUCGCCAAUGUUUGUAUGGUAUUGGGGUUGGUGAUUUCUUACUUUUAUUCAGCACAAGAUUUACCACCAAUCAAUGAAAGAUAUUUUAUUCCACCGAAUAUGAAACAACUCCCACUUUUCUUUGGAACUGCAAUCUUUGCAUUCGAAGGCAUUGCACUGGUGUUGCCACUUCAAAAUGCUAUGAGGAAACCACGAAACUUUUCGAAACCUCUGGGUGUGUUGAAUGUUGGAAUGUUUUAUGUUAUUGCAAUUUUCAUAUCUUUUGGAGCUGUUGGGUAUUGGAAGUAUGGCGACGAUACUCAAGCUUCAUUGACGCUUAAUUUACCGACUGAUGAUAUAUUAGCACAAUGCGUGAAGAUAGCAAUUGCUCUUGGAGUUAUGUUGGGAUAUGCCAUUCAAUUUUACAUUGCUAUCAAUGUUAUGUAUCCUUCGAUUAUGAGAAAGUUCAGAUUCACUGAUCGUCAUCCUUACAUUGGCGAACUUUUAUUUAGGUCAUUUAUGGUGAUAAUAACGUUUGCAAUAGCACAACUUGUCCCUAAUCUUAGUUUAUUAUUGAGUUUGAUUGGAGCUCUAUGUAGCACAUCUUUGGCACUUGUUUUACCACCGAUCAUAGAAUUUAUUAUAUUGUCUAAUGAAGAAGAAGGUGUCACUUGGACACUACUAGUUAAGAACUAUUCCAUUCUCAUUAUUUCUCUUAUUGGAGUUAUAACAGGAGGCUACGAAAGUUUAUCACAACUGCAAGAGGAAGGGAGACUUGUUGAGAAUGAAAACUCUGGGAAAUCAGAAACUAAAUAUUUCAACCUUGAUUUGUCGAAAGGCAAAGUUGAUAAAUUGGAUGUGAAACCAAUAGCUGAACUUCGGAAUGCAAAAUUAGAAGAUAACAUCGAAUUUAUAAAUGAAAAUGAGAUUAAUCCAAAACAUCAAACUUCCUAUAUGGAAACUUUAACUCAUCUGUUCAAAGGGAAUGUUGGACCAGGAUGCUUCGCUCUUGCUGAAGCUGUCAAAAACAGCGGACUUUUAUUGGGACCAAUCCUGAUUGUCGCUUUAGGCGUCAUUUGUGUUCAUGCUCAACAUAUUCUUUUAGAAUGUUCCGUAAAAAUGAGAGACAAAUACGGCUUGGAACGGAGACCAGACUACGCUGAAACUGUCGAACUUUGUUUCCUCAGCAGUAACAAAAAGAGAUGGCGAAAAUAUGCCACAAAAAUGAAAAUGAUCUGCAAUCUAUUCAUUUGUAUAACGCAAUUAGGAUUCUGUUGCGUAUAUUAUUUGUUCAUAAGUACAAAUAUCAAACAAGUUUUAGACCACUAUCAUUUUUACUUCAGCUUACCUGUUUUAAUCACAAUCGCAUUGAUUCCGAUUUGGUUGUCGGCAAUGAUAACAAAUUUGAAGUAUCUUGCACCUUGUUCGGGGAUCGCAAAUGUUUGUAUGAUUUUGGGAUUGGUCAUUUGUUAUUUCUACUCAGUGCAAGAUUUACCACCGAUUAGUGAAAGAAAUCUCAUAACUCCGAAUAUCAAUCAACUUCCACUGUUCUUUGGAACUGCAAUCUUUGCAUUCGAAGGAAUCGCACUGGUGUUGCCACUUCAGAAUGCUAUGAAGAAACCUCGAAACUUUUCAAGAUCUCUGGGUGUGUUGAAUGUUGGAAUGGUCAUUGUCAUUGCAAUAUUUAUGUCAUUUGGUGCAUUUGGUUAUUGGAAGUAUGGCGACAAAACUGAAGCUUCAUUGACUUUAAAUUUACCUGCCGACGAAAUACUUGCACAAUGUGUAAAACUUGCAAUUGCUACAGGAGUUAUGCUUGGAUAUGCCAUUCAAUUCUUUGUUCCUAUCCAAAUUAUGUAUCCAGCAAUAAGAAAAAAAUUCACUUUUGCUGAUCGCCAUCCUUACGUCGGUGAACUUCUCUUCAGAUCGUUUAUGGUGCUGAUUACAUUUAUAAUUGCACAACUCGUUCCUAAUCUUGGAUUACUUCUGAGUUUGAUUGGUGCAGUUUGUAGCACAGUCAUCGCACUUGUCUUGCCACCUCUUAUCGAAUUUAUUUUAUUAGCAAAUGAAGACGAAGGUCUUAGUUUUAUUGUGAUUAGUAAGAACUUAGUUAUUCUUAUCAUUGCGCUAUUAGGAUUUUGGACAGGCAUCACAAAUGUUAAAAAUAAAAAAGAUAUUGAAUCUCAGACUUCAAAUGGCCAACCAUUGACAACUUACAUGGAAACUUUGAUGCAUCUUUUCAAAGCGAAUGUGGGGACGGGAUGUUUUGCAAUGGCUGAUGCUGUCAAAAACAGUGGACUCAUAUUGGGACCAAUCUUGAUUCUCGUUUUAGGAGUUAUUUGUGUUCAUGCUCAGCAUAUGCUUAUAAAUUGUUCUGUGAAAAUGAAAGACAAAUAUCAAAUGACAAACCGACCGGACUAUGCUGAAACUGUUGAACUUUGCUUUCUUAGCAGUACCAACAAAACAUGGCGAAAGCUGGCACCGUCAAUGAAGUUUAUAUGCAACGUUAUCAUUUGUGUGACUCAAUUAGGAUUCUGUUGCGUGUAUUAUUUAUUCGUAGGAACAAAUGUGAAACAAAUUUUAGACUACUAUAACUUUUAUGUCGACCUUCCAUUGUUAUUUGCAUUCGCAUUAAUUCCAAUUUGGCUGUCAGCUUUGAUUACAAACUUGAAGUAUCUUGCACCGUGUUCGGGUUUUGCCAACAUCUGCAUGAUCUUGGGAUUGGUGAUUUCAUAUUAUUAUUCAGUUCAAGAUUUACCACCAAUCACUGAGAGACGUUUUAUACCUGAAAACAUAAAUCAACUUCCACUCUUCUUCGGAACUGCACUUUUUGCUUUCGAAGGCAUUUCACUGGUGUUGCCACUUCAGAAUGCUAUGAAGAAACCUGAAAAGUUCUCGAGGCCCCUUGGUGUGUUGAAUGUUGGAAUGGUCAUCAUAAGUACGAUUCUUAUAUCUUUUGGAACUGUCGGAUAUUGGAAAUAUGGUGAAGAAACUGAAGCAUCGCUGAGCUUAAAUUUGCCCAUAGAUGAAUUACUUGCACAAUGUGUAAAACUUGCAAUUGCUACAGGAGUUAUGCUUGGAUAUGCCAUUCAAUUUUUCGUUCCUAUGCAAAUUAUGUAUCCAGCAAUAAGGAACAAUUUCGUUUUUGCUGAUCGCCAUCCUAUGUUCAGUGAACUUCUCUUCAGAUCGUUUAUGGUGCUGAUUACAUUUGCGAUUGCCCAAGUUAUCCCGAAUCUUGGAUUACUUUUGAGUCUGAUUGGUGCAGUUUGUAGCACAGUUCUUGCACUUGUUUUACCACCAAUUGUCGAAUUCAUAAUUUUGUCUUGCGAGGAAAAUGGCAUUAAAUGGAAAAUCUUUUCAUUGUUAAAAGUGGUGGUGAAGAUGAAGGAAUCAAGUAAUGAGUUUAAUAGUUCUUCAAAAGAGUCUGAAGAAGAAAAUAAAGAACAUGUAAAGGAGAUUAAACACAAGACGAGUUACCUGGAAGCAUUAAUUCAUUUUUUUAAAGCUGGUGUGGGGCCUGGUUGCUUCGCAAUCGCUGAAGCUAUGAGUAACACAGGCAUUGCUUUGGGAAUUUGUUUGACAAUUUUUCUAUCAUUGGUUUGUCUUUACGAACAACAUGUUUUAUUGAAAUGUGCAAAUAAUGUGAAACGUUAUUUUAACAUGGAACAACGACCAGAUUAUGCUCAAACAUUUGAAUGGAGCUUGCAAGCUAACGUGAAAUGGAAGAAACAUUCUGUAGUCAUGAGACGAAUUGUCAACAUUUUUCUGAUUUUAACUCAACUUGGAUUCUGUUCUGUUUAUAUUUUAUUCAUUGGGAAUAACAUGAGAAACUUUUUAAUAUAUUUCGGUUACGAGUUUAAUGUGAGAAUUGUGAUAAUGUUGACAUUCAUUCCCGUUUGCCUUCCCGCGUUGAUAACAAAUCUCAAGUUUCUUGCACCGUUCUCGGGGUUGGCGAGUGUUUGCAUGUUGACAGGAGUUGGAAUUACAUUGUAUUAUGUUUUCCAAGAUCUUCCAGACAUAUCUGAGAGAAGUCAAGCAGUGUUUUCCUGGACGAAGCUUCCAUUGUUUUUUGGAACUGUCAUUUAUCUUUUUGAAGGUAUUGGCCUUGUAUUGCCUUUGAAAAAUUCGAUGAAAAAACCUUCAAACUUCUCAAGACCAUUGGGAGCACUUAAUGUCGGAGUUGCAAUGCAAACAACACUCUUCUUGACACUCGGUGUCUUUGGUUAUUGGAAGUAUGGAGAUGAGACAGAGAGUUCAUUAACACUCAACUUACCAACUGAUGAAUGGCUUGCACAAGCAGUCUUACUGAUUCUUUCCAUUGGCGUAAUUCUCGGUUAUGCCAUUCAAUUUUUCAUUCCUAUGCAGAUAAUGUUUCCAUCGGUUCAAAGAGUUAUCAAACCAGCAAAACAUCAUCCACUGAUUGGUGAAAUAAUAUUUAGAGCGUUCAUGGUUCUCGUUACUUAUGGUGUUGCUUUAGUUGUUCCCAAUCUGGGACUUCUGAUAAGCUUAAUUGGAGCAGUAUGUAGUAACUCUUUAGCUUUACUUUUCCCAGUUUUGAUCGAAUACUUGGUGGUAACACGCGACAAUAAAUCUAUGACAGGAAUUUUCAUGGCGAAAAAUGGAUUUAUUUUAUUCAUGGCACUUGUUGGUUUUGCAAGUGUGAAAAAAGCAACCACGCCAAAAUCAAAGCUAAGCAAAAGGGAUAAGAUACGAGUAUCGUACAAAGGUUAUGAAGAACUUCAUGCAGAUCAACCACCAACUUCUUACAUGGAAACUUUGAUGCAUCUUUUUAAAGGAAAUGUUGGAACUGGAUGCUAUGCAAUGGCUGAAGCAACAAAGAACGGUGGACUGAUUCUUGGGCCAGUUCUAACAAUUAUCAUCGCUAUAAUCAAUGUUCACGCUCAGCAUGUCUUGCUUAAUUGUGCAGAAAUUUUAAGAGAUCAAGAAAACCUUGAAUUUAGUCCCGAUUAUGCUGAAACUUUAUAUUUAUGCUUCGCUAACAGCACAGAUGAUGGUUGGAAGAAAUGGGCACCAAGAAUGAAGUCGAUUUGCAAUAUUUUCAUUUGCUUCACUCAACUUGGAUAUUGUUCAGUUUAUUUUUUAUUUGUUGGUGAACAUUUAAAGCAAGUUUUCGACUUCUAUGGAUAUGAAUUGGACGUUCAAUUGUGGAUUGUCAUUCUAUUGGUGCCAAUCUUAUUAACAGCUGUCAUAAGAACGCUUAAAAUUUUAGCAAUCAUCUCAACAAUUGCAAAUGUUUUCAUGAUAUUGGGAAUUUUUCUUACUAUCGGUUAUGCUGCUACUGAUCUUCCUCCGAUUUCUGAUCGUGAUUUGAUCGCUGAUUAUAUGAGAUUACCGCUUUUUUUCGGCACAGUCUUGUACUCAUUUGAAGGAAUCGCUUUGGUUUUGCCACUAAAAAAUGCGAUGAAUAAGCCUGAAAAUUUUACAAGACCACUUGGAGUUCUCAAUAUUGGAAUGGUGCUUGUGACAAUUUGUUUUGUUUUCAUUGGAUUUGUUGGCUAUUGGCAUUAUGGAGAGUCAACAAAUGCUUCAUUGACUUUGAACUUACCAAUCGAUGAUGUUUUAGCACAAGUCAUCAAGAUGAUGAUAGCACUUGCAGUUCUCAUGACUUACGGAAUUCAAUUCUUUGUUGCCAUUCAAAUUAUGUUCGCUCCAAUAUAUAAAAACAUAAAUUGCGUGGAAAGACAUCCUGUAAUUUCUGAGAUGAUCCUUCGUUUGCUUGUUGUGCUUAUUACGUUUACUGUUGCACAAGGAAUUCCUCAUCUCAGUUUGCUGUUGAGUUUGAUUGGAUCAGUUUGUUGCGCUGUUCUCGCUUUUGUGCUUCCUGCAAUUGCUGAAUUAAUUCUGCUUCAUAAUAAUUAUGGAGGUAUUGGAUGGUGUUGUUGGCUAAAGAAUUCCAUCAUUCUUCUUAUUGCAUUUUGUGGAUUUAUUCUUGGUGGUGGUUUAAGUAUCAAAGCUAUUUAUGAAGCAAUAAUGAAAGAUUUUCAAAAAUAA